GGCAAGAGAAGGGAUCGGACCACUGAAGUUUGAAGUUCUCUCUCACACUCUCUCGCUCACUCUCUUUCUAUCUCUCUCUCUCUUCCUCUACUUUUCUCUUUCUGUCUCUCCUCCACUUUCCACCCCUUUCCCUAUCCCGUUCUAUCUCUGCCCUCGCAAAUUUGGAUUACAACCCCUGGACUACUGUCCUACCACAAGUCUCGGACUCCUGCCUUCUUCAUCUGUUGGGCCCAGUGUUUGGCAGUGUUUUUGGACUUUAUUCGGUGGUUACAGCGUUCCCAGUGGAGACCAGUGGCCUCGGUCGGUCUAGAGGUGGUCAGACUGGUGUGAGUUUUCAUCGGUGAGUUGGAUGUCUUCUGAGGAUGCCAGCGGGGGUCUGUCCAGCGGCCAGUGGAGCUGGGGAGAGCAGCAGCAGCAGCAGCAGCAGCAACAACAUGACCCCCCUGCAGUGAAGGAGCACACGUGUGUGGAGGAGGACUCUGCCCAGGCGAUCAGCAUGUGCACACGGGCGGUCACAGACACAGACCCGGACGCCGUGCUGUUUGAGGAAGAGGAGGGGGAAGGGUGUGAGGCGCGGGAGUCGGACAUGGACAGUGCCAUCGAGAGCGUGCCCGGCUCCGAGAGUUCAGAGGUCGGACGAUGCAUGUCGGAGGGACUGGGCAUCUUCUUCCCUGAGGAAAAGCAUGAUCAGAUGAACCCUUCCGUAACCUCCGACUUUUCGACGCUGUCGUCGGCUUCGCUGAACGAGGAGCAGUUUGAGGACUACGGAGAGAGUGAGGAUGUGGAGUAUGCGCCCAGCUGUAGCCCCUACCCUGACGUGGAGAUGCGCAUCAAUGGACACUCGGACCUGGGCUCGUCGGUACCCUCCAGUGCGGGACAGACUCCUCGGCGGUCACGUCCAAUGGACGUCGGCGGUGGCGUUGGCGUUGGCGGUGAGCACGCGGAUGUCUUCUGCUCCCACUGCUGCAAGAAGGUCAACCUGCUGAAUGACCUGGACGCACGACUCAACACCCUCAAGGCCAACAGCCCGAACAGGAAGAUCUCCAGUACAGCGUCGUUUGGAAGGCAACUGCUCCAGCACAGCAACAUCAGCAGCAGCAACGGCAGCACCGAGGACCUGUUCCGAGACAGCAUCGACUCCUGCGACGUCGACAUCACUGAGAAGGUGAGCUACCUGGAGAAGAAGGUAGCAGAACUGGAGCAUGACUGUCUGAUGAAUGGGGACGCCAAGUCCAAACUCAAGCAGGAGAACACUCAGCUGAUCCACAGGGUGCAUGAGCUGGAGGAGCAGUUGAAGGAGCAGGAAUCCCGAGCCGAGCGCCUCAUGGAGGAGGAGCUGAGGAGACACCGAGACGCCACCGCCAAGAUGGAGCGCGACCGCAACACACACAUAGAGCUGCUCACCAACAGAGUUCAGCAGCUAGAGGAGGAGAAUGCAGAGAUGGCCAUCAACAUGACACGGCUCAAGUCACAAGCGGAGAAACUGGACGAGGAGAGGCAACGAAUGACUGAUAAACUGGAGGACACCAGCUUACGGCUGAAGGACGAGAUGGACCUCUACAAGAAGAUGAUGGACAAGCUCAAACAGAACCGCCACGAGUACCAGAAGGAGAAGGAUGCCAUGCAAGAGCUGAUAGAGGAGUUGCGUCGUGAGCUGGAGCAUCUUCAGUACUAUAAGCUGGAGGCGGAGCGCGUGGGCCGCAGCCGCAGCUCCUCCAUCUCCUUCCCCGACUACGGCAGCCGCAGCCGAGAAACAGAGCUGGAGCUGGAGGUCAAAAGGCUCAAACAGGAGAACCAGAAGCUGAGGGAACAGAACGAGGACCUCAACGGCCAGAUCCUGAGCCUCAGCCUACACGAAGCCAAGAACCUGUUCGCCGCCCAGACCAAAGCCCAGUCGCUGGCAGCAGAGAUAGACAACGCCUCCAGGGAUGAGUUGAUGGACGCCCUGAAAGAGCAGGAGGAGAUCAACUACCGCCUUAGGCAAUACAUGGACAAGAUCAUCCUCAACAUCCUGGACCACAACCCCUCCAUCCUGGAGAUCAAGAACUAACUAGCUGUGCA